AUGAAACAGCUCUCAGAUGAAUUGAUGAACCACUCCCUGAAAUGCCACACUCAGCAGAUUCUAUUAGUGUCAAUUAGGUUUGAGGGAACCGUGAAGGCAGUGAGGAUGUGUGACAGUGGUGAAGGUCUCUACACCUUCCAGACCAGAGAGGGAGAGCAAAUCUACCAGAGGGUUCACUCCUCAACACUGGCCAUCGCUGAGCAGCACAAGAAGGUCCUGCUGGAGAUGGAGAAGAACAGCAGGUUGAUGUCCAAGAGUUCAGAGCCUGGCUCCUACCCCUGUACCCCCACUGCCAUACUGCCCCGAUCCGCCUACUGGCACCACAUCACUGGAAAUCAGACCAGCAUGGAUCCUGGUUCUG